GCUCAAGCCCUGGAAUGGACACUAACUGGGGACAAUAGCCUCCUUGGUCUGUCAGCCCUCAACCCUGAGGACUGCAGAACCGGCAGGGAGCCAAUCACGUCUUCAGUCCUGAGCCGCUUGAACCAGUGACCUUGGGCUGAGGUCAGCCGCCAGCUGGGCCAGGUCACACCACACAGGUGCGUGCGAGUCCCCAUGCGGGCCACGUGCGCGCUAGGAAGCGCAGACCGGCAGUGACGCACUCGCACGACGUGUAUCACCGCAAGGCCCGAGGCGGUGCGGGGGCCCCACGUGGACUUCCGCGUCUCCUCAGCACCAAGCCGCCCAUCCGGCCCCAGCUGGAGAUCCGCGCGAGUAACGCCACACUGGCGUUGACCUUUCUCGGUGAGGCGGAGGGGGGAAUCGGCACCUUCGACCCCCUCCCCUCACGCAUCCCGCCAUUGGCGGGAACCCCGGGGUCCUUUCAAAACCUCGGUUCCCAUUGGCUCGCGUGGCCUCGCCCGGAGGCGUCGCGGCCAGCGUCCGCGCCAGAGCUGCGCGUGCGCAGAAUGAGUGAGCGCGGUGGAGAACCGCAGCACGCUGUGUGCCUCCGCGACACUACUACAGCAACCUAGUCCCGGCGGGUCGCCAGGCCCCUCCUGCCACGCAACGCUCGCAGACGGGGUAGGCGGCACUGGGCUUCCCCCACUACAGCCUCGGCGGGCUGCGGGUCGCGGCGCCGCGCAGGCCGGGAGAGGAAGGGGGCGGAGACUCGGUGGGCCCCGCCCCUGCGGAGGGAUACGUGGCGCCGCGACCCAAAACCCCGGGGCGAGGCGGCCGGGGCGGGUGAGCUUGUCGGCCCGCUGCGCUCUCCGCGUAUUCUCGCGGUCCGGCCGACUGCGCCUUGCGGUCGCCUUGUCAGCGCCCGCCUCGGGCCCCUAGGCCCGGUGUGCGGCGCGGCCCGGGAGGCCACUGUCUCGCAUCCGCGCCGGUCGGGAGCGAGGCGAGGCCGCCCGCGAUGCUGCUCUCCAAGUUCGGCUCCCUGGCGCACCUCUGCGGGCCCGGCGGCGUGGAGCACCUCCCGGCGAAGCUCCUGCAGCCAGCCAAGGCGGACAAGGAGAGCUUCGAGAAGCUGUACCAGGUGGGCGCCGUGCUAGGCAGCGGCGGCUUCGGCACGGUCUACGCGGGCAGCCGCCUCGCUGACGGGCUCCCGGUGGCCGUGAAGCACGUGGUGAAGGAGCGGGUGACCGAGUGGGGCAGCCUCGGCGGCGCUGUGGUGCCCCUGGAGGUAGUGCUGCUUCGCAAGGUGGGCGCGGCAGGCGGUGCGCGCGGCGUGAUCCGCCUGCUGGACUGGUUCGAGCGGCCCGACGGCUUCCUGCUGGUGCUGGAGCGGCCGGAGCCCGCGCAAGAUCUCUUCGACUUCAUCACGGAGCGCGGCGCUCUGGACGAGCCGCUGGCGCGCCGCUUCUUCGCACAGGUUCUGGCUGCCGUGCGUCACUGCCACGGCUGCGGGGUGGUGCACCGCGACAUCAAGGACGAGAACCUGCUGGUAGAUCUGCGCGCGGGCGAGCUCAAGCUCAUCGACUUCGGCUCGGGCGCUCUGCUCAAGGACACUGUCUACACCGACUUCGACGGAACUCGAGUGUACAGCCCUCCGGAGUGGAUCCGCUACCACCGCUACCACGGGCGUUCUGCCACCAUAUGGUCCCUGGGCGUGCUGCUCUAUGACAUGGUCUGCGGUGAUAUCCCCUUUGAGCAGGAUGAGGAGAUCCUACGGGGCCGCCUGUUCUUCCGGAGGAGGAUCUCCCCAGAGUGCCAGCAGCUCAUUGAGUGGUGUCUGUCCCUGCGACCUUCAGAACGGCCUUCCCUAGACCAGAUCGCAGCCCACCCCUGGAUGCUGGGGCCAGAGGGAGGUGCUCCUGAGAGUUGUGACCUUAGGCUUUGUGUUCUGGAUGCUGAAGACGGGGCCAGCACCACGUCUAGCAGUGAGAGCUUGUGAGGAGGGACUGGGCUCCCUGGAAUACAGACUUGUGCUGCCUGAUUUCUCUUGGAAAGCAGUGACCUCUGAUCCCUGGUGACCUCUGCCCUUGGCACCGGGCCUGUUUCCUUUGCUUUGAGUGCCUUUUUGAACGCUGCUCCACAGGACUGAGUUUUCUCAAGCUCUUCUGUCCAAAGAUGGCUCUGGGCAAUUCAAGGAUCCGCCUGCACUGGGUGGAUACUUGAACCAGAGACCCCUGCAGUGCUGCUGGGUCCAGGAGGCAGCCUUCCCAUGUGACCUUGUCUGCCCUGGAGCACCCACUGUGGGCACAGGGUGCCCGUCUCCUGCCCUCUCACGGUGUCCUCCGGGCAUGCCCACGCACAAGCAAUGCAAGUUGGGCCUCUGCCGCCCACCCACGCCUCAAGAGCUGUGUCCUCACGCUAGCGUCUUAUUUAUGAUGUGACUCCUUGAAGCACCCCACCCACUGGGGCUAUUUAUUGUUUAAUUUAUUUGUUGAGGUUACUUCCUCCGAACAGCCCUGCCUCAGGCCUCUGGAGCCUGAGGAGAGGAGAGGGGGACUGUUUGGCCAGGACCCAGGUCCUCAUCCCUGCCCUGGAUGGUCCCCCACCCCAUUUAUUUGGGAGGAAGAAUUGUACAGUGGCUAAUUUAAGGGGAGUGGGCGAUCCCCACCCUGGGCACUCUGCGCUGAGGGUGGGUUUUAAAUUAUUGAGUGUACAGUCUGCUUGCUGGCUCUGAAAGUUGGUGGAGGACAGAGUCUCAAGCCCUUAAUUUAUUUUAGUGGCCGUGUUUCUGUGUCCCUGGUGUGAGUAGGCAUCGGGAGCGGGGGGUUCUUUCAGUUCAACAGUGAAAUGUCUGGAGAUCCUAUUUUUUAUACAGGUAUUUCAAUUAAAUUCUUUUGUAUAGAACAGCU